GGCAGCGCGGCGGCGCUGGGCCGGGCCUUCGGCUGGCGGACACACUCCAGACCCAGCCGCAGGCCGCGGCCUUCCCGGCCUGGCGUAGGGCCCGUCCUCGUACCCGCGGCCCGGGCCGCGGACGGAGAGCUGCUCCUUGGCCUCCCUCGUGGUGGCUGGUUCCUGUGGUGGAGGCAGAGCCACAGCAGGAUGUGUGAAGGUCCAUCCAGGAUUUGUGGACCCAUUCCUCCAGACCCUACACUCUUUCCAAACUAUUACAAACGCCCCUUCUCAGCUCGAGGGAGGCUGGAAGGGAAUGCUCUGAAGCUGGGUUUUAUCUCUGACCCUCUGGAUCCAGCUCUUAACACAUACAGUGCCCGCCAGGUCAAACCAGCCCCUCGCAUUCGCCCCAGUGGAAAGGAUUUCCUGGAGAAGGGACAGAAGGGGACGCUCAGUCUCUUAUUGCAGCUUGAAGAGCUCUCCCUUGAUGGGAGGCUGCCAGUUGAGAGGAAAGAGUCCAAGAAUCAUGAGAAAGAAAAUGUAAGGAGAAUAAAAGAGAUUCAGAAGAAAUACAAAGAGAAGGAGCGAGCCCAAGAACACAGCAAGCCCAAGCCUGUGAAAGCUCUCUGGAAAUCCCAGAAAUAUGAAAAUGUGGAGUCAAAGGUGAAGGCCAAACUCCAGGAGAGCUCCCCACCUCCAAAUCCAGAGGCUCUGAAAUUCCUGAGGGCAUAUUCUCGCUGUGGUCCUGGAAUCAAGCCAUGCAGAUCGCUCUCCCCAGGGCCUGCCAGAAAGAAAACAGAAGCAGACACAGAGGAUCCAGAGGCACUGGGUACUGAAAUCAAGAUGCUGGUGGAGGGCAGGAGCAUCGACUUUGUUAAGCACAACGCCUGCAGUGCCAAGCGGGCCCUGCUGCGGCGGUCCCUGUCUGAGCAGGCACUGACUGAGCUGCUGCAGCAAAAGCACCGGGAGCAGGAGGACUACAACACUAAGCAAAAGGGCCAUGUCCCCCAGUAUCUGCUGGAGAGGAAGGAGCUGUGGCGCAGAGAGAUGGAGGAGCGGCUGCGAAACCUGCCAGAUCCCAACAUACCACCUGGUCAUACCAUGAUGCAGGAGGACCAGCGGCUGGAGACCCUCAGCAGUCUGAAGCAGAGCCACGAGCAGCUGGUAAAGGACCUGGUGAUGCUCCCAGUGAGGGCAGACACUCUCAGUAUGCAGAAGAGGCGGCUAGAGCUGGAGAGGAAGCUCUCCCAGAUAGAAGAGGCCAUCAAAAUUUUCUCGAGGCCCAAGGUCUUCAUCAAGCUGGAUGCCUGAGCUAGGGUAGGGUUAGGGCCCAUGCAGGUGCCAAUGCAGUGUCCAGUGUGCAGCCAGCAUCUCUUGCUCAUGCUUCAGUGAUGUGUCUGUCCAUGGAAAAGGGAGGGAGAAGCCCUAAUAUACUCUCUGUGUUCUGGAAAA